AAUUUUCUCUCAAGUUUCUCUCUUCUAUGGAAAUGGAAUUUCCUUAGAUUUCCAGCAGGUAGAAGAGAGAAACUCAAUCUUUUUAGAGGUCGCAUUUCCACGGAUCAUCGAUGACAUGUUUCCGUUACAAAAAGAUCACAAGAGCAAAACGAGUGUCAACUGGUUUGUUACUUUUUUCCUCGAAGAAAUUUCUAAGAUGACGGAACCGAGCAGCCAGGAAUCAACAGCAGAGGCUAAUAAUGGAAUUCCAACGGGGUUGAAUCGGAUUAAGACUCGGCGAGUACCUUCGAAGGAACAACUGAGUUCAAAACCUGACGAGUUGACUGAGUCUAAGACUCAUGUUGUAGCUUCUUCAAGGCCUCCUGUGAAGGAUAAACAGAAACCGAUGGCUCAGGGUCGUGGAAAGAACGCUUCUUUCAAAGCAGAUUCCCGUAAAGGAAAGAGCAUAGCUCAAUGGAUCACAUCUUAUUUAUCAAAGGAAUCCAUUCAAGUUAUUAAUGAUGUUUCUCCAAAUGUUGAGGAGGGGAAUUUGGAAGCUAAGACACCUGAUAGAAAGGAGCGUGCAGGAACUGAAUUUACCGGUGCAUGCAAUUAUUUAAAUGAGGAAAUCUCUUCAUCAGAGAAUCCAAACCGGAGUAAAGUUUCAAAAGGCUUAAAAAGCUUUUCUCAUGAAUUAGGACCAAAGGGUGGCAUUCCUCCUGCCCAACCACGGGCUCAUAGCUACAGUGAUUUGAAGGAGCUGUUGGGUUCACUGCAUUCAAGAUUUGAUGCUGCUAAAGCAGUAGCAAACACAGAGCUGGCUAGUUUAAUCGGGGAUGCCAUGGAUGUCCUUGAGAAAACUGACUUCUCCUUGCAAGAAGAGCGGAAAUUGGCUGUAGAUCUUCUGACACUGUCUCAAUUCUGUAUGGAGAUGAAGUGUUCACAGUUUCGCAUGAAAUGUGAAGAUAUUGUUCAAGAUCUGACAGAGAAAAGGCAACAGUGUCAAACAGGAAUCCUCAAGUGGCUGUUUACUCGCAUGCUUUUCAUAUUGACACGCUGCACAAGACUAUUACAGUUCCAGAAAGACAGUGAACCAAUUGAUGAGAAAUCUCUUCGGAAAUUGAAAAAAUGUCUGGAAAGUGUCCCUUCUGUUGAAAUGAGCUGGGCUGCCAAGCGUGGGAUUGCUGAUUCUGAUAAUGGUUAUGCUUUAAAUCAGAAAGUUGAUGUAAAGCAAAAGUUGGAGGGACAGAUUACUGCUUCUCUCCCUGCAGAAAUAUGUUGCUGCUCUGUACAGCCAGCUGAUCAGAGUGACUUAAAUUCCAACAAGGAUUCUCUGUUUUUGGAACAAAAGUUGCAAUCACAAAAAUCCAAAAAUGACUCAGUUUCACAAGUGCAACAUUUUUGUCAGGGAAAUAACAGGUCUGCUGGGAAUAUUAGUUACAAUCAGAACUGUAGUUCGCUUCAUGAGCAGGGACAAAAUUUAGAUGAUCCUAUUGACAACCAGGGGCGAGUUUUAGAUGGAUCUGAUUUAGUAAUCUGUAGGAUAUGCGAAGAAAUUGUUCCAAUUUCUCAUCUCGAAUCCCAUUCUUAUAUAUGUGCAUAUGCGGAUAAAUGUGACUUGAAUUUCGUAGACAUAGAUGAACGCCUUUCAAACCUUGAAGAGAUACUGGAGCAGAUUAUUGACUCUCGCAAUAUGAAUUUUCAUCCAUCAUAUGGCAGUCCUGAAAAUUUGAGAGUACAAAGUACAAACUCUGUCAUUACUGAAGGUCAGUCUCCCAAAACAAGUGAAUGGAGAAAUAGAGGCGUUGAAGGGAUGUUUGAGGACAUACAUGAGAUGGACACUGCCUUUAUAGAUGAUUCUCACUCCCCCUCUGUUAACUUUAAAGGCCACUUGGGUGCAAAGUUACCCAACCAUGGUGCACCCUCAUCAGCUGGGAGCAUGACAUCGAUUUCCUCUGCAAAUACCCCCAGGGCUGGUCAUUUUGAUUCCUUCUGGUUAGAGCACAACAAUCCUUCUGAGCUAGAAGAUGUCCAGCAGAUGAUUGACCUAGCAGACAUAGCACGCUGUGUGGCAGGCACUGAUCUUUCAAAAGAAGGGUCAUCUGAAUUUUUGCUCGCUUGUAUGCAAGAUUUGCAGGAUGUUUUACAGCAUAGCAAACUCAAAGCUCUUGUAAUUGACACUUUUGGAGGCCGAAUAGAGAAACUUCUGCGGGAAAAGUAUAUACUUGCUUGUGAUUUAAUGGAUACAAAAAGUCCAAUUAUUGAUGAGAGAUCCAAGGAAAACUUGAGACUUCCAUUUGAUAAUGCAUCUCAAAGCAGUGCGGCCUCUACACCUGUGCAUGUAUCAAAUAAAGAGCGGACAAGCAUUGAUGAUUUUGAAAUCAUUAAACCAAUUAGUAGAGGUGCCUUUGGAAAAGUCUUUCUUGCACGCAAACGAACAACAGGAGAUCUAUUUGCAAUAAAGGUGCUCAAGAAAUUGGAUAUGUUACGCAAGAAUGAUGUUCAGCGCAUAUUAGCAGAGCGUAACAUAUUGAUAACGGUUCGGAACCCAUUUGUGGUUCGAUUUUUUUAUUCAUUCACCUGCAGAGAUAACCUGUAUCUCGUUAUGGAGUAUCUUAUUGGAGGUGAUCUAUACUCUUUGCUGAGAAAAGUUGGUUGCCUUGAGGAAGAUAUAGCUCGUAUAUAUAUUGCAGAACUGGUUCUUGCUUUAGAGUAUCUCCAUUCUCAUGGAAUUGUGCAUCGUGAUCUGAAACCAGACAAUAUAUUGAUUGCACAUGAUGGGCACAUCAAGCUUACAGACUUCGGAUUAUCAAAAAUUGGCCUUAUAAACAGCACCAUUGAUUUAUCAGGACCGGAUAUAGAUAGAAAUGUACCUUCAGAUCCUCCUAAUCCAAAUGCUCAACAAACAGAGGACAGAAAUCGGCACUCAGCAGUUGGGACGCCUGACUAUCUUGCCCCUGAAAUUCUUCUUGGAACUGAGCAUGGUUAUGCUGCAGAUUGGUGGUCUGUUGGAAUAAUCUUAUUUGAAUUUAUAACUGGAAUUCCACCUUUCACUGCUGAACGUCCUGAGAUAAUCUUUGACAACAUUCUUAAUAGAAAAAUCCCUUGGCCUUCUGUUCCUGAUGACAUGUCAUAUGAGGCCCAAGACUUGAUCAACAGGUUGAUUAUUCAUAAUCCAAGUCAACGGUUAGGAGCAAAUGGAUCGACAGAGGUCAGAGCACAUCCUUUUUUCAGAGGAGUUGAUUGGGACAACCUUGCACUGCAAAAGGCUGCCUUUGUUCCAAACCCUAACAGUGUAGAUGACACAAGCUAUUUUGUGUCAAGGUUUCCUCAAAUGUCUGUUGGAAUGCCAAAUGAUAAAGCUAGUAGCCAUUCUGACAGCGACAUGCAUGACUCAUCUUCAAAUUCUGGUGUUGAGAUGGAUGAAUGUGGUGACCUUGCAGAUUUUGAUUCUUCUCCACUUGAUCUCUCAUUGAUAAAUUUCUCUUUCAAGAAUCUGUCACAAUUGGCGUCCAUCAAUCAUGACGUGCUCUUAGGAAAGGAUCCUGCAAAGUUCUCUCCAUCUAGAGCUGCGCCAAACACAUAGUUUACGGUAGUGUUUCGUGAUGGAUACAUUCUUACAGGUAACAGUGUUCAUAACGAUUAUUUGCUAGGGAAAUCAAGUGAGAGGAGCUGCAAUUGUUACUCAGUCCUCUCCCCCUCGUAUAAAUCGCAGCUCAUAGCUUUGAUCAUGUAGGAAUGAAAGGGGAAGAUGUCUUUUCUUGUUGUAAAUAUAUAGUUAAAUCAAAAGAAAAGCAUUAUUCUUUUUCAUUGCUUUAAUUUAGUUGAGAAUUCACCGACUGAAUUUGUUGGGACGAAAGCAAGCACUCCCUAGAAAUGUCAGGAUUCUCUUUUUUGCGGUCC